GGAAGAGGAGGCGGUGUAGACCAUGUGGCCGACUCUGCGUUAUGUGGGAGGUGUCUGCGGACGGAUUGGGUGCAGCGUUGCUGGGGGCUUCCUCCGCGCUAGCGGGCCGGUGUCCGGGGUGCUCGGGCUACUCUGCAGGGGUGGUCGCAGCUCCAGUACCAGCUCAUUUGAUAUAGUCAUCGUUGGUGGUGGAAUUGUGGGGCUUGCCUCUGCCAGAACACUCAUCCUGAAACAUCCCGAACUUUCAAUUGGUGUGGUGGAAAAGGAGAAAGAUUUGGCUCUUCACCAGACUGGACGGAACAGUGGUGUCAUACAUAGUGGAAUUUACUAUAAACCGGAGUCACUGAAAGCUAAAUUGUGUGUGGAAGGUGCAGCCCUCAUCUAUGAGUACUGUAACCUCAAGGGAAUUCCCUACAGGCAAUGUGGCAAGCUAAUAGUAGCUGUUGAACAAGAAGAAAUUCCCAGACUUCAGGCCCUGUAUGAGCGUGGCCUGCAGAAUGGAGUCCAAGGCUUGAGGCUGAUCCAGCAGGAGGAUAUAAAAAAGAAGGAACCAUAUUGCAGGGGUCUAAUGGCUAUUGACUGUCCGUACACUGGCAUUGUGAACUACCAACAGGUAGCGUUGUCAUUUGCCCAGGAUUUCCAAGAAGCAGGUGGCUCUAUCUUGAAAGAUUUCGAGGUAAAGGAUAUUGGAAUAGCUAAAGAAGACCCUCCAAGAAGUAAGGAUGGGAUGAAAUAUCCAAUCGCUGUCAAGAAUAGUAAGGGAAAGGAAAUUCAGUGUCGAUAUGUUGUGACAUGUGCCGGUCUUUACUCAGACCGUAUUUCAGAGUUGAGUGGCUGCAAUCCUGACCCUCAAAUUGUCCCAUUCCGUGGAGAUUACCUGGUGUUAAAGCCAGAAAAGGGCUACCUUGUAAAAGGAAAUAUUUAUCCGGUCCCGGACAGCCGACUUCCGUUUCUAGGCGUUCACUUCACACCAAGGCUGGAUGGCUCUAUUUGGCUCGGGCCUAAUGCAGUGCUUGCCUUUAAACGGGAAGGCUACAGACCCUUUGACUUCAAUGCCAGAGAUAUUAUGGAAGUAAUUCUCAAAAGUGGUUUCAUUAAAUUGGUGUUCCAGAAUUUCUCUUAUGGAGCUAGCGAAAUAUAUAAAGCCUGUUUUCUCAGUGAAACAGUGAAGCAUCUUCAAAAGUUCAUUCCUGAAAUCACCACCAACGAUGUACUUCGAGGCCCUGCUGGAGUGCGAGCCCAGGCCCUGGACAGAGAUGGAAAUCUGGUGGACGAUUUUGUGUUUGAUGGAGGAGCCGGUGAGAUUGGAGAUCGAAUUCUUCACGUGAGAAAUGCACCUUCGCCUGCAGCCACUUCUUCCCUGGCAAUUUCUAGAAUGAUAGCAGAGGAAGUGCAGCAGAGGUUUAAGUUAUGAGCGACGGAGGGCGCUGUGCCAGCAACCUUACAUUCUCCACAUCAGCAACAAAGUCUACCAGCUGCAUUUUAAAAUUAGAAUUUAAGAAAACAAUUUUAAAACCAUGCCUUUUAGGCUAAAAUAACCAUUGACUUAUUAGCAGGAUAUAGUAUAUAAUAAUUUAAAAAACAUUCAGGUCCAUAUUCUUGUGAACAAGGAAACAAAGUGUAUCACUACCUGUUCUGAAACUUCAAGUUUACUAGAGACUUAGCCCGAUCUAGAUAGGGCUCUUACAGCACAUUUGGGAAGGCAGCAUAAAAAAUGGACUGUCCCUAAAUAAAUGUUUGGAUUUAUAAUAUUUUUCCUUUUCCUAAAUAACUUUAUUUGGAAGAUGAAAAUGCUUGAUUUCAAGAAAUAAAUGAAAUGUCACAUUUCUAAGUAGCACAGGACAAGCUCCGUCUUUCACUUGCAGUCCCACAGUGCGGUCCAUCGCUCCCUGUGAACAGCAUGUGCCUGUGCUUGUUGCCCUCACUACAGUUCUCUGUGGCUGAGAAAGGGAAGUCCCUGAAGGAACUGUGGUUUUAUAUGUGCACUUUAAAAUCCUGACCCCGGGGGGCGUCACUGUGCAAUUUUAUGUCCCUUGCUCACACUAAGGUUCCCAAGAUGUUGGCCAGGAUCACUAGUAGAUAAUUUAUAUCUAUUUGGGUUUUCAGAAUUCUUUGUGAGGACAUUUCUCCAUUUUGGGUUAAUCUCUAACUUGUAGGCAUUCACUUUUGUAAACCGCAAAAGUGCCUUACAUUCAUACUUACUUCACUAACAUGCUGAGUUGGUGCCAAGUGCCAUAGUGUGUGUGUGUGUGUGUGUGUGUGUGUGUGUGUGUGUGUGUGUGUGUGUGCAUGUGUGUAGUACAAACUGUAUACUGUGUAUAUGUGUGUGCACACUCAUGUUCUAGUUAGUGUCUUACAAUUCAGAAGGGUGAAAAUAGAAAUAUAAGUGAAGAACUGGCAACCUGGCCAUGGAUGCAGCCAGCAGCGCUUAGGGGAGACACUUCUGUGUCCCCUCCUCAGGGUUAAUCUCUUUUUUCCUCACCAACACUGUGAUGGAUGGAUGUGCAUGUUGAUAGGAAAACCUUUUCUUGGUUUUUUUUCUCUUCACUUAGCCCUUGGUGGUUACAUGUACUAAGCUAUCUAAUCUAUUAAUUUAAAAGGAUACAUACUGUGGGCUUCAGGAGGCCACAUACCCCAGAUAAAUAGAUGAGACAGUUAUUCAACACUUGGAACGGACAUUUUGAAACAUUCAGAAACCAUUUACGGGAAAAACAAGCCCUAAUAGUCCUCCAUAAGAACUGGUUCCAAAAGAAACGCACUGCACGGAGUACUUUUGUGUUCUAAGACUUUCGUGAGAAAACAUUGCACUAAGAUUGUUUGACCUCAUGAGUAAGAGCGUUCCUGUUAGAUGUGGUCAGAAUGGAGAUGUGCUUCUGUCUCAUCACGCCAGACCUGUGCACACACACUAAACUGUGAAAGACAAAGUUACAAGUAUAAAACAAAAACUAUCAUGAUAGAAGCAAUCCUUAAUGCUUUUGGGUCUGUAUUGUAUGCCCCAAAAUAAUAGUGAAAAUUGUUGAAAUAUGUCAGUUAAUCUGUUUGUAAAAUAUUUGAUAUUUAUGUCAAUGGGACUUUUUGUUAAAUACUAAUAUAUAAGAAUUUUCAUGUUUUCUGAGAAAAUAAAAAUAUAUUAGUAUUAAAAUAUUGUAAUGU